AUGAAAAUAUAUCAUUUACUCUUUUUAUUAAUGAUAACACAUUUGAUCAGUACUUGGAGUGAUCCGAUAAAUGAACGCGGUAGUGGAGAUAUUGCUAACCGCGAUUUUGAAAAAGACAUGGAAGAGUUAGACCUUAGCGGGUUAGAGGAUGAUAUAGAAAACAUUGAAGAUAUAGCUUACAAGGACUCCUACAAUUACAUUACUCAGAUAUACCUUUAUGUCAGAGUGGACAACGAAUACAAUAAAUAUUUAAAUCAUCUGGAGCUUAUGAAACUGGGAGAGAAGUACAUGACCUUAUUACAAAAUGCGAUGCUUCAUGUUCAGCUUAAGAAAACAGGGGCAGGAAUAUUUACGUGCUUUUACGAAAAUAAAGCUGUAACUGAAGAUCUAGUUACUUAUUUUUUGAUACAAAAAGAGAUUGAUUUCUUGGAAGUAGGUUUUGACAAAAGGUUUCCAGAAGGAAGAAGUUCCCCCAUCGUUGACUCCGAUAUGAGAAUAAAAUUGUUGGACAUGAAAAAUGAAGAAUUAUAG